AUGUACUCGUAACACCCAAAAAUCUCUCUCAUAUGGAUAAAUAAUAUUUCUUACCAGGAGCACAGUAUACAUAAUAUCUUUACUCUGCCAGGAGUAUAAAUCUUAAGUCUAACUUUAUUUUUUUUGUUGCUACGAGUCCUAAUUUUGUUGUCAGAGUCAUUUGGAUAGUAAUAAUGGUGUGUGCACUGAUAAGCUCCGUGUCCCUGGUCUGGAAUAGCUUCAGGCGGUACUACCUGGCUCCUAUGGUCACCACGCAGAUGCCCGAAGGAGUCUCCGUCAGCAAGAUAAUCUUCCCCGCUGUCGGCAUUUGUACUAACAACAGGAUUAGUAAAAGUGCUGUCACGAAAUUGGCUCAGAAUUUAUUACAAGAGGAGCGAAAUCGAAAUUACACAGAGCAAGACAUGCUGUCGUUACUGCUGAGCCUCGGCAUGUUGUACAACCAACAGUCAAUGGAUAAGAAACAGGCGCGGCACAUGAAACUACAUCAUGUGUUGGGGAAUUAUGAUGUCAAUGAACUUCUGAGAAACUUAACACCGCGUUGUGAAGACCUUCUGUUGAGAUGUGCCUGGAACGAAGUGACUAUCAAUUGCGUUCACCUCUUCGACUUCCGACUUACAAUGAACGGUUACUGUUGCACUUUUAAUUAUUUGCGACAGUCUGAUAUCACUUUUGAAGAUAAAAACAAUGGAACACGUAGCCUGGAUAUGUACAAAUACGGCAAUAAAUCGAAUUUCGAUUUCGAACAAGGUUUAAAAGUUUUGAUGAAACUCAACGAAAGCGACGACUUUUACUACAACAUGCCUAUAGAGGGAGCACAGUUACAAUUCUCAGAUGCCUACGACUUUCCUGAUUCUCCAAGUGGAAGCUUCUCUAUGCAAAUUAUAAGCCCAAAUGUGCAGAUGACUGUACUAGUCACAGCGAGCUUUACAGAAGCAUCACGUGAGAUCCAGCAUGUGCCGGUGAAGAUGAGGCGGUGUUUGUUCUACGACGAGUCCUCAUACCUGCCGUUCUAUACUCACAGUGACUGUUUGUUGAAAUGCAGAAUGCUUUUCCUACUAGACAAAUGUAAUUGCACUCCGUUUAACAUGCCGAAGAUGGUUAACGAAAGAACGUGUGACAUGAGGGAUGUGCCGUGUUUGAAUAGAUAUAAUGCUAAAUCUAAAGCAGUUAUACCUGACGUAGACCCAGUACCGCCUGAAUUGGAACUAGAUAUGGUUGGAGGAGGGAUCCCUUGCCCAAUGUGUCACCCCAGCUGCUCCAAAACAGCAUAUAAUUACGACUUUAUCAAUGUCAAAAUGUAUCCAGAGUACUUCAAUUCUGUUCCGGAAAACGAUAGGAUACCAUGGUUACAAGGCGCCAACUUCACCGGAACAUCAAUGGUGCACGUGAAGUAUGCUAGAGAAGUUGCGGAUUGUUACGGGCAAAACGUUAUAAUGAAAUGGUUCGACUUGAUCAGUAAUAUCGGCUCAACGUGUGGAUUUGUAACGGGUUUCAGCUUCGUGUCAGUCGUGGAGUUCGUGUACUUUUACACGGUAAAGCUGUUCAGAGUGGUCAGAAGCCGGCGCCUUCAAGAGAAUCGCGUUGGCAGUGCGAUGUCUUCUGGGAACUUUGAACAUAUUAGCCGUUACCGACCGAUUUACUGGAACGAACUUGGUGGUUCCACUCAAUGGAGACAAGGCACUGCUUACUAAGGUGCUUUGGAGAUUUGCGAAAAUAGGGAAAGUUUAAUUUUUUGGACUUACUUAGGUACAUCUAUUUGCCUGUAGUUUAUGAAGUUAGAAAGACCAAUAAAAUUAUGCUUAAUUUAAUUUUGCCUAUGCAGUUUUCGCUUAUAUCCUAACCUAACCUAACCUAACCAUAAAUCAUAAUGAUCAAACCAUAUUAAGUAUUUUUUUAUUGUCAAGCUGUACCUAAAUAAUUAAAGAGGUAAGUACAUAGGUACGAGUAGGCUAACCAUUGUAUUAUGUUUAUCCUCUAACAAUAAACGUUUAUUUCAUACAUAAUCUGAUAAAAUCUACAAAUUAGUGUCGAACAAAAACUUACACCUGUCACAAUCCCACCAUAUUAAUUCAAUAGGUUUUCAUUACUAAAGCUCGCCAAUGGGUCACUCUUUCAGUUUUGGCUUCAAAACUCGGACGGCAAGUCGGUUUCUAGUCCUACCUAUUUGACAAUAGAAAUUAGGUUAGACAGGUAUUACUCAGAGGUAGGUUACACUUGAUCACUAAAACGACUUUAUAAUGAAUUGAAUGAAUAAAAAAACUUUCUUAAAAACGCAAGAGAAUAUCAUUUAAUAUGAACAAAAUUAAAAAUAUAAGCACCAAUCGUUACUUCGAAAUAUGGUGGCAAGGAAUAAAAAGUUUGCCAGAAACCACAUCCAUACAUGGAUUUAAAUUCAUUGGAGAUCUUAAAAGACAUCGGAUUGAAAGGUAAGUAGGAAAGUAACUACUUACUCGUCUUCUUAAAAAUCUUUCCAAUUUUGCUAUUCUUAGCUAUUAAAAAAAUAUUGCUAUGAAGUAACCCUAUAUGUUAAUAAUUGACUGACAUUCAGGAAGCACCAUAUAAAGAAUCCUGACAGUAGGUAACUAACGUUAUAGAUUUUGAUUUUA